GACACAAAAAUAGCGACCUCCUUCUUCAAAACAAGACCAAACAAGCGCAACCCAUGUUAGAGUAUGGGCGUUUAUGAAAAUUCCAACCCGCGACUCUCAAAAACAAGCCCAAUCCCGCUUAUUAUAAGCAGACUUGGCAACUCUGGCUCUGGCAAUAUUGCCGGCGAUUUUUCUGGUGUGACGUCAUUUUACUCAUCAUGCCGAGAAUAAGUGCAGCGUGGAAGAAGAUGUGUUGCUGAUUGUAUUUUUUUUUUUUUAAAGUUAAACUCUAAAGGAGACUAUGUAUGAAACGAUUAUAUAUUACAGUACUAUAUCCACCUCUGAUGGUAUUGACGGGCUUGGCAUUUUUAAUUGAGUCAAAUUAUAACCACAUUUUCAUUAACGGUAAUUAAAGGACCGUGUUGGACGGGAGAUUGUUCCUUUUUGAGAGGGAGAGUAGAUAUUAGUUCUGAAGAUUUUGACGACCCUGCUUGGGGUAGACUGCACAGUACAAACUGACCACGCUUUUGAGAGAUACAGUACUGCCUCUUAAUUGACACACAAGGAUGUUUAAUUUAAUCACGCACUAGGUUUACACGUCACGCCACGCCACGUGUUGAUGAGCCAUAUUAUGCGUGAAAAGACCACGUGAAGUUAUUAAAAAAAAGAGGUAAAUUUACACUCGUCACAGGCGACAAAAUAUUAUUUAAAAAAGUGAAUUAAAUGUAUUUACUAUUCUGGUUACUAUUGAAAACAGUCGUGCGAAACAACACGUGACUAGUAGUAGACAGUGUGAGCUAAAUUAAGCAAAUGCGUGUUUGUAAAAACGAAGUACCAUAUUCAGUCUGCUAACAAAACGUGCACGAUUUAAUUUUGCUAACGUGAACUCGUAUGUUGGUACGUUUAUCUGCUAAAAAUCUGAAUUGGGAUUUUUCUCAAAGGUCUGGUUGACAGAUCCUAGUUGUGGCGUGGACGAUCGUCCAAAGAAUUUGGUUGAAACUGGUCUAUAUACACGUAGAGGUGCUGGACUGGGAAGCAAACCUGAUUCUCCCCUCUUCUGUGCCCCAGCUGUUCACUUCCUCUGAGGCCCGAACAGUCAUGCUAUUGGACAGAGGAGACGCCACUCUCGGCAACCCACCUCCGGCACAGCCAAUCCGGAGCAGAGCCGGCGUGUCUUGGAGUCUGAAGAUCAAGAAGAAGCUGAAAGGGGUGACCCCGUUUUUGGGGAAGUUUCGUCCGACAGUGGGGCAAUGCUGUCACCAGUGCACCCCGGAGAGCUUGGGAAUGAAGCUGCUCAAGAAUUCUCCCUCUCUGGGAUUCCAGAAUGUCCUGCAUGUAAAUGAAACCCGCACGAGGUUCAGAGGCUGGCUGGUGAGGCGGGUGUGCGGGUUGCUUUUCGUUCAGGAGCGCAAGGUGUACCCCAGCCCAGCCGGAGACAGAGCAGAGCGGGUGCUCCGCAGCAGCAGAGUUCAGAGCCUCAUUUCCUCUGGCGGGCCAACAGGGGGUGCUGUGGCAGGAGAAGGGAGCUCUCACAUUGGGGAGACUGCAAUAGCAGCGACGGCCAGGAGGGGGCAGGCUGUGCAGAUCCUGGAGGGGAUUCAAACCUCAAUCUCCUCUCCUUUACUCAGGCUAGCUGGGUGGAUCCUGCUGAAGCUUCUCGGCCGCAUGUUUGCGAAUGUGCAGGUCAGCUUGAACCAGCUGGCAACGCUGCACAAAGCUCCACAGCUGCACGGGGCUCCACUGGUUUUCGUCGCCGUUCACAAGUCCAGUCUGGAUUACGCACUGGUGCCACUGGUCCUGUUUUGUCACAGUCUGAGGGUUCCCUACAUGGUCAGCAGCACAGAUCUGGAGCACACCUGGCUCAGGCCCAUCCUGCAGAAAGUGGGCGUGAUCUUCGCCCCGCGCUGUCCAAUGGGGAAGAAGGACACAGAGACUGGCGCUCUGCAGUGUGCUGUGCUGAGCUCAUUUGUCUCUGAGCUCUUGUCUGAGGGGCAGCACCUCCUGCUGUUCCUGGAGGAACCUGGAUGUGUUGAGCGGCGCCCGUCUCCCUGCAGCGCGCAGGGGCUGUCCUGGGUUCGAGAGGCAGUGUGCAGUGGAGUUGUGCCCGACGUGGCGCUGGUACCAGUGGGCAUCGCGUAUGACGCACCACUGGAAGGGCUGGGGGGCUCUUGUCAGCAGGCUCCUCGCUGUGGUGGGUUUCUGUCCCUCCUUCUCUCCGCUCUCUCUCUCCUGGGCAGGAGUCACGGCUGUGUGCGUCUGGACUUCGGGCAGCCCUUCUCACUCAAGGAGAUGAUCAGCAGCGGGCGUCUGCCAGUCAGAGGGCUUCCCCUGGAGGACAUUCUGCUGCCAGCCGUGAUGGGAUCCAGGUCUGACUCCCUGUUUGCAGAUAAAUCCCUUGGCUGGGUCCUGCCAGUAGCAGCCUGCCCACAACUGGAGGAACAGGAGUGCCAUCUGGUGGCCAGCCUCUGCAAGCACCUCCUGUACUCGGCCACUUCCUGUUCUGCGGUCAUGUCCACAUCCAUGCUGUCCUGCCUGCUCCUGCACAGACACCGCAAGCAGGGCGUGGCCGUGCCGCAGCUGGCUCGUGAUUUCUCCUGGCUGCUGGAGGAGGUCCUGUUCAGGAAUCGGGACGUGGGGUUCGGGGGGAGCCUUCCUGAGGUGCUGUGCCACUCCAUGACCCUGCUGCGGGACAGCCUGGUGCUCUGCACACCCCCCUCCGCCCCCGCCCCUCUCGUCGCACCCCGGAGCACCCCGCAGGCCGCCAUGACCCUCUCCCGACACUGUGGGGCGCUGCAGCACCUCUUCAUACACGAAGCCGUCGGGGCCUGUGCUGUCAGUGCCAUGCUGUCUGAGAUGAUGGACUGUGUGAACAUUGAUGAGAUGGACUUCGACGUGGCGCUGUGCCAAGAGGAGCUGACAGAGCGAGUGGCACAGCUGUGCCAGUUACUGCCCAGCGAGGCCCUGCUGCUGCCACCCUGUCAGUCGGUGUACAGUUUUGCUCAGGAUUCGAUCGACAGUCUGGUGCGCUGUGGGAUCCUCGUUAUGGAGGAGCUGCCUCGAGAGCGCCCCCUGUGUGACCUGUGGGGUCGGCGUCAGGCUCUGCUGUGGAAGUCCUUUGAUGACCUCUCGAACAGUGACAGCGACUGUGAGGAGCCACCGGACCGCCGGUCCUACAAGCUGAACCAGCCCAAUCACUGCCCAGACUUCUUCUUCCUGUGCAGUGUCCUCAGCCCCCUGCUGAGGGCGCUGUCCUGGUCUGUCUGUGGACUCCAGCACCUCUACUCCCCACUCACAGAGUCGGAGUGCAUUGAACGCAUGCAGGGAUUCCUCCUUGACAAGGCCCAGGGAGAGUCCUCUUACUUUGAAAGUGCUACCCUGGAGAUGGCUGCCACUGCAGUCUGGACAUUAAGAGACCUGGGAGUUUUGAAAGAAGAGCCCGGGGAGGGUGGAGCUGUGUGUUUGCGACUCAGUGAAGCCUUUGAGCAGCCACUGGCCCAGGGGAAGCUGUGCAGGUUUAUAGAACGGUUCCUGUACCAUUGAACACGGGGAAGCUGUGCAGGUUUAUAGAACGGUUCCUGUACCACUGAACAGGGGGAAGCUGUGCAGGUUUAUAGCACGGUUCCUGUAUCACUGGCCCAGGGGAAGCUGUGCAGGUUUAUAGCACGGUUCCUGUACCACUGAACACGGGGAAGCUGUGCAGGUUUAUAGCACGGUUCCUGUAUCACUGAACACGGGGAAGCUGUGCAGGUUUAUAGCACGGUUCCUGUAUCACUGAACACGGGGAAGCUGUGCAGGUUUAUAGCACGGUUCCUGUACCACUGAACAGGGGAAGCUGUGCAGGUUUAUAGCACGGUUCCUGUACCACUGAACAGGGGAAGCUGUGCAGGUUUAUAGCACGGUUCCUGUAUCACUGAACAGGGGAAGCUGUGCAGGUUUAUAGCACGGUUCCUGUACCACUGAACAGGGGGAAGCUGUGCAGGUUUAUAGCACGGUUCCUGUAUCACUGAACACGGGGAAGCUGUGCAGGUUUAUAGCACGGUUCCUGUACCACUGAACAGGGGAAGCUGUGCAGGUUUAUAGAACGGUUCCUGUACCAUUGAACAGGGGGAAGCUGUGCAGGUUUAUAGCACGGUUCCUGUAUCACUGAACACGGGGAAGCUGUGCAGGUUUAUAGCACGGUUCCUGUACCACUGAACACGGGGAAGCUGUGCAGGUUUAUAGCACGGUUCCUGUACCACUGAACAGGGGGAAGCUGUGCAGGUUUAUAGCACGGUUCCUGUACCACUGAACAGGGGGAAGCUGUGCAGGUUUAUAGCACGGUUCCUGUACCACUGAACAGGGGGAAGCUGUGCAGGUUUAUAGAACGGUUUCUGUACUACUGAACAGUUCAUGCUGUGCAGGGCGCAGUGGUUCUAAGUUCAGGUUCGAGGGCCUGUUCAAUUGGUCUCAACCAGCGGUGGACAAACUUUCUUCUUUCCGGUCCUGGUCUUUGUUCCAGCCCUGUUCCUAAAUUGUAUGAUUGAACCAAUGAAGUAGUUCAUGAUCUCAUUUUACCUGUUAAACCUGGAAUGGAAUUGCCUUCCAGGAUCGGGAUUGGACCCCCCUGGUCUAAACGAUGGCGCAUCAUAAUACCUCCACCAGGUAAAUCAUUAUUAGAAGGGGACUGGGAGAAAAAAAAACAUAUCUAUAACGAUGUCUCUUCAAAGUAUGCCAGAUUUGGACCUGUUCUGUAUGUUUGUAAGUGUUCAGUGGCUACCUCUAAUCAAGGUGAGUGUAUUUCUCAUACUCUCUUUACUGUGUCUUCAUACACAGUGCAAGAGAACUCACACUCUAACUUGAUUAGAGGCAGCCGCCAAACACUUAAACAUAUAACAAGUCAUUCAAUCUAAAUUAAAAAAGGAAACAGACCAAACCCUGAUCUUAGCGUUCUUAAUGUGUUUGAUAUAGAACCUGUUCAGAAUGCUUUGUCACCGUCCCUCGAGUGCAAGAUUGACACUCUGUUAUUGGAAGUGUAUCUGCUGCUGGGGAUGUGACUCGGAAUCGAUAUGCUUUUUGUUCCUUACUUAUUUACAGAUGUGUUUAAUUGAUUUGAUAUGUAUUGUCUUGUAUGCAGACACACAUUGAUGAGGGACACAAGUUGGCAGUUUCUUUAGAAAGAUUUCAGGCCAAGUUACACAAAACAGUUUUAUGUGGAGCUUGUUUUAUUUCUAUUUUGUAUUUAUUUUUUUUGUUCAGACAUGCCGUUCUGAUUUAUUGUUUUUAUUAUACAAAGAAGCCCCUCAACAUUACCAGAACGAGCCCCUUCUUUGUACAUUAUAGUUUGGAUCUUGUUUUCUGUUUUUGUUUUCUUGAAGAAAAAAAUCUAAUAAAAAAAUUAACUAUGCAGAAAAA